GGAGCAUUGACACGACCCAGUGACCGGGUACGAAGAGAAAGUACCUGCAUUAGUGGUCUCUGUGUUGCGCAAUUACGAUUUGCGCAAAAAGCCCAUUGCGAGCUUGUGUCAGGCUGCUCGGUCCACUUCCGAAUUGUUGUAGGUGGUAUACGUGAGACGUUACACCCGCCUGGUAGACAGGAGAUUUCUCCGUGAGUUGGUCGGUCGGUAGGUUCAUCUCAAUCUGACCGAAUGGGAUGUCGAUACGUAGGUAGUCUCAUGUCAACAACAUACAUGUAUCUUCCUCACGACCCUCCGGCCUGUCUGUUUCGUGGUACGCAUCGAUAUAUGACGCAAGGAAUGGGCGAGGCCAAGCCGUUGCCUCAAUGUGGAAGGAGUCUUGACUAUUGGAUUUCCCGAUAUGUGAACGACGAGUCACCACUCAUAGCGGCCUGUACAACCAGAAAUUGAAGUUGUCAUGAUGAAGAGUUACCAAUGUGACCUAUGUACCCAGUAGGUAUUCCGUGCGGGAAAGAGGACAAAUUUCAAAGAAUCAUGCCAUGGCCGAGGAUCUCCUUGGCCAACCCACACUGGACCUGCGUCCUCGACGCAACAGACCUCCUCGGGUUACUUCUCCACGCGCCAUAGCCGCAAAGAGAUAGAUCUCAUGGCGUGGAUAGGGCGCUUGUCUAAUCUUUGAACAAUCCAAGCAUGGGCUUUCCUGUUCCCGCCACUGCUGCAGAUGAUCAAAUGGCAGAUGCAUCUGUCAAGCGCCAUCGUAUCGACUGCCGUAGCGGAGCGACAGACUCCAAUCUGCACCUGAGGCUUCCAAACGGGCGCCCGUGUGUCACAUGUAGCGGAUGAAUGCAUGGCUCGAGAGCAUUACGCAGAGUCUGGGUGUGGCUGCAUGAGGGGAAUCAGUCUGCAACCGGGUACCAGGGACGUGAGCGCAUCGGUGUCUGUCAAGAAGCAUGCGCUGGUACGUCCAUACUACUACGGUGACAAUGAUUAUUCCAUGAUGUAAGAUGGCAGAGUCG